GCACUAGGAACGCCUGACAGAGUUCUUGAGUUUGCUUCAAAAAAUGGGCAAAGACAAGAAAAAUUCAGUAGUGAAGGAUGGUUUGAAACGGAUUAACUUUCUAUAUCAGGCUGCUACUAUCACUCUGGCAAGCAAUCCAAARAACACUGGCUUGGCACGUUUCUACAUUGAGUCUAUGGACGCUACAUCCCAUAAGCAACUUUUGAAAUUGGACCCUUCCAUUAAAAGAACAAUAUGCAAACGCUGCCACAGUUUGCUGAUUCCAGGAGUGACAUCUAAAGUGAGAACACGAGCGAAGCGAGAAAGUCACACAGUCGUCACCUGUCUUUAUUGUAACACUGUCAAAAGAUUUCUUUCAAGAAAAGACUAUGUUUUAUGGAAAGGGAAAAAYGAUGCACAGWCCACUUUACAACCAGUGGGAAACUCCAAAAGUAAACAAAAASAAAAGGCUAAAUCACAAACAAAUAUGGCUGUAAAGCUAGAUGGAAAAACAUAAAAAAGAACAAUCAUAAUUUAUAUUUAUACAAGUUACUGUAAGUAGUUUUCAGGUGAAAUCUCAGCUGCCAUGUUGGUUCAUAAAUUCUCAAAAGAUUAUUCAUUUGACAUGACUCAAUAUAAAUAUUGCUCAUAACGUACACCAAUAUCUUACCCACCCACCCUCAGGGAAUUUUCUAACAAUAAUUAUUUUAGAAGCUGUGUAUAAUCCCAGUACAUCAAAUCCCAGUAAGUUAAUGCAUUUUGUGGGAAAAAACCCUUUGCRUAAUGAGUGGCUGUCCUGUUAGCAGAAUGUUCUUUUWACUCCAUGUARCCUCCUCUACACCAGCCAACUCUUUUUAAUCUAUUGACCAUAUGAAAAAGGAGGAGAAGACUGGGMAUGAGCACCUUAAAYGGUCCAUGUUUUAAAAACUCUCUUUUCACGAUAAGAAAGAGUACAUUUAAACUAGUGRAUUGGCAUAUUUUAGUUUCAAAUGGUAAAAUGUCAGCAGAGCWACGAGRACGUAAAAYGUACCAAAAACAUGAAAACGAGGCUGGUAAGGCCUCAAUACUCGUUUUCACUCAAACMCUUGCAAUUUCAAACAACCGUAAUUUGUAGUCCUUAAAUGUUAGUUAGAGCAUUGAAACUGUCAGAUCUCACUCAUCAUAAUAUGUUCUUUCAACGGGUAGUAAUGAUAUAUUAUACARCUUAUAAACUAAGGCGUUACGAUAGCCACGCCCUUUUUCAUAUUAUGGUCUAUUAUUGGGCUUCCUUUGGUGUUCUGAGUUAUAAUUCAUUACCUCCAAUCUCGCUCUUCCUUCAUCACCAGUCCCCCUCUUCACCUUUUCUUCCAAAGGAACCACUGUUAAUAUUUAGAAGAACCACAAAGAGACUUUUAUAACUAAAGAUAAUCUUC